UCUGCUUCUACUCUCUCUCGUCCCCCGUUUUCAUCAGUGUUCAUCUGUUUCUGGUUCACAAGCUUAUCUUCCCUGUUUUUUAUUCUUCCUUUUCCUAUACACAUUGCGUUAAUUUGGAUCAACUAGGCGUUCAAGAAGCUGGCCGAGCACUUUAUCUCGCAGGGCAUGCAUGUCGAUUACCCGGCGCAAACCCGCGGGCGCGGGACCAAGGAGGUCGACACAGAUCAGCCGUUUAUCCCGAUCCGGCUCCUUCUGCCGCACAAAACAUGCGGGGCAAUAAUCGGACAGAAAAGUGAAACGCUCAUAAACACACGAGUAAUCUGCGCAGCUCGCCGGGUCUACGUCUAUCGCGAGCGCAUCUCCGACAGUCGCGAGCGCGUGGUUGAAAUCGUAGGGACACCCAAAUCUAUUUCGCGCGUAAUGGAAGUUUUGGGCAACCAAGUGGGGCGCACACUUAAUAAUGACCAGCAUGAGUCCGAUCCGUAUGUGCCUGAGCGCGACGGGCUGCGCAAGUUUUUGAGUAAACAGGGGGUGCCUCGGUCGCGGGUUAGUUUGGAGCCGAUCAAGGGUGCCGAGAAGGCGGAGAGCGGCAGUGAGAGUGAGGGCGAGAGGAGAAGGAGAGGGAGUGGGAGGAGCAGCCGCCGUCGCCGGAGCAGGUCGCCUGAGGACAGGUCUCGUCGGAAGAGCAGCCAUAGCACCCGCAGUAAGCGUGGCCAGUCGUCGCGUUCUGGCAGAAGAGACAGGAGCCGCAGCCGCAGCCGCAGCCGCAGCCGCAGCCGCAGCCGCAGCCGGAGCAGCAGCCGGAGCAGCCGCAGCAGCAGCGGCAGCCGCAGUCGCAGCCGCGGCCGUAGUCGCAGCAGGAGUGCUAGUAGGAGCAGGAGCCGCAGCAAGGAUGAGAGGCGCGGGUCGCAUAGAAGAAGUGGGAGAAGCCGUGGACAUGAGUCCAGACGGCGGAGCAACCGCGAUAAGUCGAGCAAGGCUCGGAAAGAUGAAACUGUGAAGGAUAAUGGCAACGGUAGUGGCGAUGGACCGGUGGACAGUGGUGCUGGUGAGAUUACCAUGGAGGGGUCUAUGAGUGAUGUGCGCAAGAAACUCCUUGAGGGGUGGGAGGAUGGAGAUGAAGUUGUGUUGGGGUCGAUGGAUUUGGGAAUUGAUGAUGAUUCGACAGGCGGGUCGUGGUAAUGAAUGUGAUGGAAUUCUUUUUUCUUUAACUCUGACAUUU